GAUUCCACCCAUUAUACCCCCUUUGCCGUUCCUCUUCCUUAGAAUUUCCUCUCAUAGAUUUCAACCAUGCUUUCCCGUGCUCGACUUCCUCAUAGGUUGCCGCUUUAUGCGAAUGUUCGGUAUAGGACCUUCUCAUCCACUCCACGCUCGAUGUCUUACCGCACAGAACGAGACACAUUUGGAGAUAUUAAUGUGCCGUCUGACCGGUACUGGGGAGCUCAAACCCAAAGAUCACUCCAGAAUUUCGACAUUGGUGGUCCAUCUGAGCGCCUUCCCCCAGCCCUCAUCAAAGCUUUCGGAGUCCUCAAGAAGGCUGCCAGUGUUGUGAAUGUUACAUAUGGCUUGGACCCAAAAGUAGGCGAUGCUAUCCAGAAAGCGGCAGACGAGGUGAUCUCUGGCAAACUCGUUGAUCAUUUCCCGCUUGUCGUGUUCCAGACAGGCAGCGGGACUCAGAGCAAUAUGAACGCGAAUGAGGUCAUAUCCAACCGAGCAAUUGAAUUGCUUGGAGGAGAACUUGGCUCGAAAAAGCCAGUUCAUCCGAAUGAUCACGUUAAUAUGAGCCAGAGUAGCAAUGACACGUUCCCGACUGUGAUGCACAUCGCUGCCGUCACCGAAAUUCAUCGGUCCCUGCUCCCAGCGUUGAAGGAACUUCGGGACGCUCUCGAUGAGAAGGCUAAGGCUUUCAGUAAUAUUAUCAAGAUCGGACGGACUCACCUCCAGGAUGCGACCCCUUUGACACUUGGUCAAGAGUUCAGUGGCUAUGUGCAACAAGUUGAUAACGGCAUUGCCCGUAUCAAUGACGUUCUCCCUCGCCUGAGUUUCCUGGCUCAAGGUGGAACUGCAGUUGGAACUGGCUUGAACACAAAGAAAGGCUUUGACUCGAAAGUUGCAGCUGAGGUGACCAAAAUCACUAGCAUCGAGUUCAAAACGGCUCCUAACAAGUUUGAAGCACUCGCUGCGCACGAUGCUAUGGUUGAAGCCCAUGGCGCUUUGAAUGUUCUUGCAUGUUCGUUCAUGAAGAUCGCCAAUGACAUUCGAUUCCUUGGCUCCGGGCCCCGUUGUGGCUUUGGUGAGAUCAGCCUCCCCGAGAAUGAGCCUGGCAGCAGUAUCAUGCCUGGCAAGGUCAACCCAACUCAGUGCGAGGCUGUCACCAUGGUUGCUGCCCAGGUCAUGGGGAACCAGACGGCUGUCAGCGUCGCUGGUGCCAGCGGACACUUCGAGUUGAACGUAUUCAAGCCAGUCAUCGCCAAAAAUGUUCUGACGAGUAUCAGACUGCUUGCGGAUGCCUCACGGUCGUUCACCAAGAACUGCAUUGUCGGAAUUCAAGCCAACGAGAAGCGUAUCAAUCAUUUACUGAACGAGUCGUUGAUGCUCGCCACGAUCCUCAACAGUCAUCUCGGCUACGACAAUGUGGCCAAGUGUGCGAAGAAAGCGCACAAAGAAGGUACUACGCUUAAGGAGGCAACGGUCGAGUUGGGAUUCCUAACACCGGAGGAGUUUGACCAGAAAGUGCGCCCGGAGCUCAUGUUACACCCUGACGAGGCAUGAUACUCUGGUUUGCUCUGAUUACACUCGAGGUUAUAUAUUGAGGUGUUACAUAUAGAUGGUGUUAUUGCAUGAAGUGAGAUAUCGAUAUACAGUAUGUAAUAAUGGUUCAUUACGCAUGAAUGGGGAGACUCCAUGGGUUAGCAUGUGCACCGCGAUAGCCUGUACUUAGGAAGCU